GGAGGGGGCGGUGCCGGCUGGCCAGUACCGGACGAAGUCCAGCGUUUCUCCCCGCUGCGCCGCCCGGCCCUAGAUGAGCCUUCCCGCUACCCCGCCCACGCGCGGAUGGGUGGGCGCUUCUUGCGCCCCGUGACACUUUGCAGACGCUCCCCGGCGCCGGGCAUGGGCGCCGCCGUUGGUCCCCGGGCCGGACUCCGCGCGUGGGUGGACCCGAAGUCUCGGCCUCCCCAGCUGCACCCUCAGGACUCCUUGCUUACCUGUAAAGAGUUGAGGCCCCAGGCCUCCAUCCAGGUUCCUCCACCUCUGGCUGCUGUUUCUGUCCAGUGCGCCUGAGGUGCUCAGCUGCCAGCUGUGCGGUCUGCUACAAGCCCUGCCAUGAGUGACCGAAGCAGCCAGUGGAGGACAAUGAAGACAGACGAUGAGGCCUUGGAUAUCUCCAUUCCCUUCGACCAGCCACCCCACCUAGACUCACAGAUCUUUUACAGUCUGAGCCCCUCUCGGGGGAGCUUUGAGGAGCCACCGGAGGCUGCGUCAGCGGCCCUGGCCCUGAUGAAUGGUGUCAAGGCCCAGCUGCACAUGGCCCUGGAGAGGAACUCGUGGCUGCAGAAGCGCAUUGAGGACCUGGAGGAGGAGAGGGAUUUCUUGCGGUGCCAGCUGGACAAGUUCAUAUCCUCUGCCCGCAUGGACGCAGAGGACCACUGCCGGGUGAAGCCUGGGCCCCGGAGGGUUGAGGGGGACAGUCGGGGUGGAGCUGAGGCCUCCGACCCAGAGUCAGCGGCCUCCUCGCUCAGCGGAGGAUCCGAAGAAGGCAACUCCAGCGAGAGGAAGAGGCAAAAGCAGAAGGGAGGCACAGGCCGGAGGCGCUUCAGCAAGCCCAAGGCACGGGAGAGGCAACGAGUUAAGGAUGCAGAUGGUGUCCUCUGCCGCUACAAGAAGAUACUGGGCACCUUCCAGAAGCUGAAGAGCAUGUCUCGAGCCUUUGAGCACCACUGCGUGGACCGCAAUACGGUGGCACUGACCACACCCAUUGCUGAGCUACUCAUCGUGGCGCCUGAGAAGCUGGCAGAGGUGGGCGAGUUCGACCCCUCCAAGGAACGCCUGCUUGAAUACUCCCGCCGCUGCUUCCUGGCCCUGGAUGAGGAAACGCUCAAGAAGGUGCAGGCCCUCAAGAAAAGCAAGCUGCUGUUGCCCAUCACCUACCGUUUCAAGCGGUGACCGCCUGCUGCUGGGACAUGCCCAUGGUCCACCUGCCCUCUACCCUCAAAUUCUCCCCACCCUGCUCUCCUCUGUCCUCCCCAGCCCCUGGAGCACAUGCAUGAGUGGGACCUUGCUAGCCUCUGGGACUGUGUGCGUGUGAGUGGGACUCUACCCAGUCUCUAGGGGUGCAUAUGUGUGAGGGGGAUCCUCUCCAGGAACUCAUGUACAUGAGUGGGUGUUCCUCAUAGGGCCUCGAUGGGACCAGGUGUGCCUCUUUCUCCUGCAGACCUCCACUCCCACAUCCAGGCCGCCUGUAUAUAGAUCUGUCCCUCUUGCCUCCCACGUUUCUAGCAUCCUCCUCUUCACUGGGGCGCUCACUUAGUUGGGCUUUCAAGAGCUACUACCCGGGGUCCAUUUCUGCCUUUUCCUGAACACCGGCAUCUUCCUCCAACAAGAAAACCCUUCCAUUUGAGCUGCACCUGCCCUGCCAUCCCUGGGCCUCAGUCCUCCUGGAAAGCGGCCUUCUCGGGAGCUGACUGCGUGCCGCCCUCUCUUGCUGGGCUGGAGAGACUGUAUAGACCCGUCUCCACCUCCAGCCACCCAGACAGGCUGGCACGACCCGGCCUCCCCUGCCGGGAGCUUCCCACACCCAUUCCGGGCCGCCCCAUCCCAUGUGCCGCAGAGAAUUAUGCAAAGAAUUUAAAGAGACGAGAAGAUUUGGAAUAAA